UGCGCAGCUCAGCGGAGCCGCCACUUGUCCGCGGGCACAUGGCAGCGGAGCGUGCCCCUGGGCUCGGGCGCCGCCAGCAGCUGCAGCCCCGCCGCCCCCAUGUUCUCCCUGUGCGGCGCUGCGGGCCGAGCGCUCAGCAGAGCUGGUGGUCCAAGGCUUUUACUGAGGAUGACAUUAGGAACAGAAAUUACUACCCAUCUCCAGGCCUCUUCAUAUGCAGCAUCAGACCGAAACUUUUUGAAAUGGGACCUGUCACCAGAGCAAAUCAGAACAAGGACAGAAGAUCUGAUCACGAAAACAGAGCAAGUGUAUGACAAUGUUGGAAUGCUUGAUUUUGAAAAAGUAACAUAUGAGAACACUGUGCAGGCUCUGGCCGACAUAGAAGUGGAGUAUACAGUGGAAAGAAGCAUGCUGGAUUUCCCGCAGCAUGUCUCGUCCAACAAAGAUGUGCGCUCAGCAAGCACAGAAGCUGACAAAAGACUUUCUUAUUUUGAUGUGGAGAUGAGCAUGAGAGAAGAUGUGUUUCAGAGGAUUGUUUAUUUGCAGGUUGUUGCCUCAACUGCACCUGGAGAAUUACUUUUCCAACAAAUAUGUGAUCUUGGACAUCUAAAGCCUGAAGCUAAGCGGUACUUAGAGAAGUCAGUUCAAAUGGGAAAAAGGAAUGGACUCCAUCUACCCAAAGAAGUACAGAAUGAAAUAAAGACCAUGAAGAAAAAAUUGAGUGAGCUGUGUAUAGACUUCAACAAAAACCUCAAUGAGGAAAACACAUUUCUUAUGUUUUCUAAGGAUGAACUUCAAGCCCUUCCUGAUGACUUUAUUAAUAAUUUAGAGAAGACUGAAAAGAACAAGUAUAAAGUUACCUUAAAGUAUCCGCACUAUUUUUCUGUCAUGAAAAAGUGCUGCAUUCCAGAAACAAGAAGAAAAAUGGAAACUGCCUUUAACACAAGAUGCAAGAAGGAAAAUACUAAAAUUCUUCAGCAGUUGCUUCCCUUAAGGGCAAAAGUAGCAGAGCUUCUUGGGUACAAUACACAUGCCAACUUUGUACUGGAAGUGAACUCGGCAAAGAGCACGGAUAAUGUAACAACAUUUUUAGAUGAUUUAAGUAAGAAGCUAAAACCACUGGGUGAUGAGGAGAGAGAGUUUAUUCUGGAUUUGAAGAAAAAGGAGUGUGAAGAAAGAGGCGUUGACUACGAUGGAAGAAUCAAUGCAUGGGAUUUACAUUAUUAUAUGAACAAGACAGAAGAGCUUAAAUAUUCCAUAGAUCAAGAGAAGCUGAAGGAAUACUUUCCAGCUGAAGCUGUUACACAAGGCUUAUUGAACAUUUACCAGAAGCUGCUUGGACUUGUAUUUGAGCAGGUAGAAAAUGCUCAUGUUUGGCAUGAGAGUGUUACUCUUUAUACAGUAAAAGAUGAUUCAACAAGAGAAGUUUUAGGUCAGUUCUACUUAGAUCUCUAUCCCAGAGAAGGGAAGUAUGGGCAUGCAGCAUGCUUUGGUCUCCAGCCUGGCUGCCUAUGCUCUGAUGGCAGCAGAAUGAUGUCUGUAGCUGCUCUGGUGACCAACUUCACAAAACCAAUAUCAGAUUGCCCAUCAUUGCUGCGACACGAUGAAGUGAAGACUUACUUCCAUGAGUUUGGUCACGUAAUGCACCAGAUAUGUGCACAGACCGAUUUUGCUAGAUUUAGUGGAACUAAUGUGGAAACAGACUUCGUAGAAGUUCCUUCACAAAUGUUUGAGAACUGGGCAUGGGAAAAAGAACCUCUUCAGCAAAUGUCAAAACAUUAUAAAGAUGGGAGCCAUGUUGCAGAUGCUCUUCUUGAGAAACUUGCUGCCUCUAGAAUGGCCAAUACAGGUCUUUUGACUCUUCGUCAGAUUGUUUUGAGCAAGGUUGACCAGUCCAUUCAUACCAAAUCAUCUGCUGACCCUGCAGAUGAAUAUGCCAAGUACUGCAUGGAGAUUCUGGGAAUUUCUGCAACCCCAGGAACAAACAUGCCGGCUACUUUUGGACAUUUGGCAGGUGGCUAUGAUGGCCAAUACUAUGGAUAUCUGUGGAGUGAAGUUUUUUCCAUGGAUAUUUUUUAUAGCUGCUUUAAACAAGAAGGAAUAAUGAAUCCAAAGGCUGGAAUGAAAUACAGAAACCUUAUCCUGAAACCUGGAGGAUCUUUGGAUGGGAUGGAUAUACUCCAAAAUUUCUUACAGUGUAAACCAAACCAGAAAGCUUUCCUAUUGACAAUUGUAAGACCACAGCACACCUCAGAAAAAUGUGAUCACACCUCAUAGGAGAACAUGCAGGAUAAAGGGGUAAGGGAUCACAGAAUAGGAAGGACCUGUAAGUGAUCUGCGGGCCAAGAAGAUGUUAAAUGGAGGGACACAGAUCAGUGAUGCAAACUGGACCUUCCACCCCUUCAUAGGAAGGAACUACAGUAACUGCUUCAAGAAAGGAAUUUUUGACAUUAUAACUGAAGAUUUUAAAAUAUCCAUCUUCAUAAUCAGUGCACCAACCUACCAAUAAAGAGAGAUAGUUAAGACUCACAAUCCAUUUUUAUAGUGUGUGACAGGAAAAACGGCUCUGUCGCUUGGGUAUAUCACGCUGCCGUUGUUGUACCAUUUGUUUUAUAAAAUAAAGCUUCCUAUUGUGUAGUCAUUAUGUAAUGCGAAUGUAAUUUUCUUAAAUGAUGAUUUUACUGUUUACUAAAUUUUUAUAUAUACUGAUGUUUGUAUCAUCACAAGUUACAUAUGUACUCAAUGAUUUCUCAAUUAAAAAAACAA